AUGCGUAGGAGAAAACCGUAUGAACGUAAGCAGUGCGGAAAAUCCUUCAUCUUGUACAGACACCUGCAAAGACAUGAACGAGUUCACAGCGGACAGAAGCCUUAUGAUUGUAAACAAUGUGGUAAAGCCUUUUAUGUUCACAUUGUUCUUCAGUAUCAUGAAAGGAUCCACAGUGGAGAGAAACCCUAUGAUUGUAAGCACUGUGGGAAAGCCUUCACUCAUUCCAAUUACUUGAGAUGCCAUGAAAGGAUUCACAGUGAAGAAAAGCCCUAUAUAUGUGAACAAUGUGGUAAAUAUAAAGCCUUUAUUACUUACAAUUCCUUUCAUCACCAUGAAAGAACUCAUAAUGGAGAGAGACCCUAUGUAUGUAAGCCAUGUGGUAAAGCCUUCAGAACACAGAAUUCUCUUUAUCACCAUCAAAGAACUCACACUGGAGAGAAACCUUAUGCAUGCAAACUGUGUGGAAAAAGCUUCAUGUUGUGCAGAUCCUUACAGAGACAUGAACAAAUUCAUAGUAGGGAGAAGUCCUGUGAAUGUAAGCAUUGUGGGAAACUCUUUUCAUGCUCUGGUGAGGUUCAAAGGCAUGAACAAACUUAUACUGGAAUAAAAACUUAUGUGUGUAAACAAUGUGGGAAAACUUUCUCUAAAAACAGUUACCUUCAGUACCACGAAAAGAUUCAUAAUGGAGAGAAACCUUGUGUGUGUAAGCAAUGUGGAAAAGUAUUUAUUUUUUACAGUUCUCUUCAGCACCAUGAAAGAACUCACAAUGGAGAGAAACCUUACGUAUGUAAGCCAUUUGGGCAAGCCUUCACCUUUUCCAGUUCCCUUCAACGUCAUGCAAGGAUUCACAAUGGCGAGAAAUGUAUGUAGGCAGUGUGGGAAAGGUUUUCCUUCUAUGAAUCAGGUUCAGAGAUAUGAGCAAACACAUACUACAGUUAAAGCUUUUGUGUGUAGUCAGUGUGGUAAAGCCUUUACUCUCCACAGUUCCCUUCGGGACCAUGAGAGGGUUCAUAGUGGAGAGAAACCAUAUGUAUGCAAGCAAUGUGGCAAGGCCUUUACUUACCACAGUUCACUUUGGUACCACGAAAAGAUUCACAGGGGAGAGAAACCGUGUAGAUGCGAGCAAUGUGGGAAAUCCUUCUUGCAGUGCAGUUCCUUGCAAAGACAUGAACAAAUUCACCCUGUACAAAAGAAGUGUGACUCUGUGAGCUAGAGAAGCCCUACAAUGAUGUGAACAGCUUAGAUGUUAAUUUGGUCAGAGUAUGGAAACUCAUAGAAAUCCAUAACAUAAAGACUCUGCCUAUUAGGUUUCAGAAAGGAAUGGGUUAUCUAUCAGGGACUAGACCAGACUUCUGCUCACGUCCUAAGAAUUUGUGUGAGGUUGAAUUAAAGGACAUAUUUUAUUGGACCAAGGAAAUUUGAAUUCAGUGUGUCAUGGUC